AUGUUGGAUGAUAUGGUGCAGUCGUUCCUGGACAGAUUUUUUGGGGCUGGAUGGUCAGUCCCUCUGCACGAAUGUUCUUGGUGCAUCACGGCUUCAGAUGACAUCCCGAUUGCGCUAACCGUCAAUGGCCGCGACGUCAGGCGAACAGCCCGGAGCGAAGGCUUCAAAGCCUUCGGGACCAUCGUCAUUUUCGACAGUUCGUUUGGGAAAAAGCUUGGGAACAGGAGCUCUAAAGCGUGGGGGUGCUACUUCAAGUGCAGGGCUCUACUGAUGCACAAGUCAGGGUCAUUCAAGAAGAACUUGCAGCUGCUGGACAUGACCGUCAAGCUCGCGCUCCUGUGGGGGGCGGCCGCUUGGAAUCUGAACGUGCGCCAGGAGAGGGCCAGUUGUGGGUCGUUUCUUCGCACCAGUCUACAUUGCGCGAUGCCGGAAGUUGCUAUCUUGACAGAGGUGCAGAAGCUCGCUGCUGCAGCCCGUGGCAUCGGAGGCCAGCUCACACAUAUGCAGGCCCAGCUGCUAGUUUUCAAGGAGGAGAUCAAGGCCGACAUCAAGAAGCUCGACGACAGCUGUAAGACGUGGAUGAACGGUUGGCCGCGCCCAGUCGUUCGUGCUCAGAGGGAGGCUCGGCGCAACGCGCUGCCUUCACGUCUGCCCGCUGAACGAAAGAAGUCGGCCGAGACGUGCUUCGCGCGCAUCAGCCAGAGCAAGUUCGACACUGCCGAGGACGCCGAAACCUUCAGGGAGUUCGUCGGCACAUUUAGUCCCGCGUGGGUCGGCCCGCGCGACAAGCGGGAAUGUCACAACAAAUGCAACCAAGACCUUCCUCAUGACCUCCGGGAACGCCAGCGGUUGUUGGCUCGCUACUGCGACGCGCCCAAGCAGCACCUCGCGAAGGCUCUUUCAAUCGUGGCAGGUGACUCCGACUGCAUCUUGACUGGCGACUCUCGCUUCUACACCACGAAUGCAGACCCCUUACCCAUCUUCGAGAACCCCGUGGCCAUGUUCCUCGCCGCCUUCAGUUUCGGCCAGGAAACGCCCUUGGACUUCUCCGCGCCAGUGCGCAGCGCGGUCAGCGCGGUGCGCAAGGAGCUCGACGACCUCAUCAGGGGGCUCGACAAGAAGUACGGGGAGGCCUCGCAGGUCAAUCCCGCCUUCCAGUGGGCCCAGAACUCCUCGCACAUUUUCCUGCAGGUCAAGUUCGCGCAGCGGUGGAACGCGCCCGGCGCGCUGGAGGUGGAGAACUCCUCGGUGGUCGUCUCGGACUGUUGUUUCUCCUUCAAGGGAUUCGGGGAGCACUCGAUGAUAAGGAAGGAGUACAAGCUGUUCUUGCAGUUCCUGGACUCCGUGUCGGAGGAGAGGUCGUCCUGGCACAUGGCGGCCGCCGGCCGGCUGACCGCCACGGUCGCGAAGGCGCGGCCGCGCGCCUGGGAGCGGCUGCUGCGCAGCGAGAACGUCAAGCCGGACAACAUGGGCGUGUGGCGGGACAUGCAGGAGAAGUGGAAGAGCGAGCUGGCCGCACUCUCGGACAAGAAACGGAAAGACUCAAAGAAGGGCGGCGACGACGAGGACGACGAGGACGAGGACGAGGAGGGCCCGGAGUGCGAGCAAGGGUCGUUCCGCGACUCCAAGGUGACCGAGUUCUGUGACAAGUCCUUCCCGACCAAGCAGGGCAAGACGUGGACCGUGCUGUUCUACAGCCCGUCGAGCACGUCAAAGAAGGCCCAAAGCAUGGGCAAGGUCUGGCGCGCUCUCGCCGAUCUCGUGCCCAUGCACAACAAGCGGGCGGCCGUCGCCGCCAUUGACUGCUCGCGGCACCGCUCCACGUGCGAGCAGCAGGGGGUCAAGAAGAAGGCUCUGCCCGACAUCCGUCGCUAUGCGCCGGGGACGAGCGCGGGCACCGCCUUCGAGGGAGAGCCGAUUUUGGAAGACCUCGCGAUGUGGGCGUCCAAGGCCGAGGGGGAGCUGUAGGUAUCCCCGCCGUCCGCGACCUGGAGGUCGUCGCGAUCUGUUCGAAUGUAUCGGCAUUGUGUUUUUAAUGUUCGAUCUUCGCCCGAGCAGAGCUAAUAGGGACGGGCGAGCACCGCUGUCUGGCUUUAAGAGCCGCAGCGCGCCUGCAAGUUCCAUACCGAGCGACGCUUCACAGACUCGUUUGCGGACAAUUGCGCGUAGAUGCAGCGGGACUCGAGCCAAUUUGCGACGACGCGGCGAGCACGCGUCAAUGGCUCGGAGUCAGUCAGUUCGCCCCCAGCGCGAACGACCUGGCUCAACGCUUUGUCGCACCAGCUCGUCAGGGCAGGAAGCCCCGCGGCCUCGUUCAGACACGUGGCAGGUGCACCCACGGGAGUCUGUAGAGACGGGCAUCUGGUCAUUUUAACACGGAAGCACCCACGCACCUUCGUCGAUCUUCGGCACGUCCUCCUCCGAUCCGAAGGGGGCGGUAAUUAGUUGGAGCGGCGGGCGCCACGGUUCGAUCCUCUCUGCCAGCCGAGUGCGCAGACCCCUAUGCGGGCCGACGCGCCCCUGAGCCGCGCGCCUCAGGCACCAGCGCCGCCCGCCCGAUCGUGGGCGCA